AUGGCCGACGAAGCAGCUCGCGCUCACGCCGCUGAAGUGGCGCGCGCUCACGAAGAAGGACGAGAUCCACCUCCUCCUCCUCCUAACCCUGCUGGAGAUGUGAAUGCACAACCCCAAGCCAGAGCACCCACAAUCGGAGACUAUGACUCUGCCGAUGCUUUCUUCAUGGAUAGAAACCCUAUCCAUCCACCACUUCCUGCAAGGAAUGACUAUGAGAUCAAGCCUCAUAUCAUAGCAUGUAGUGGGAUGGUCGUUUGUGGCCGUCCGUCCCGUCUAUGUCUUGACCGUGCUUAG